CACACAGCAAUAUUAGUCACCAGCCGGAUUGGUAUUGUUUUACAAAGACGCUUUUAAACCUUCAGCAUUGCCUGCGAUCACCGGUGAUUCACUUCAGCAGAAUCCGUAAGACAUUAACGAUGGCUCGGCAUAUCUCGGUGUACAUGUACAUUCUUAUUGUUUUUAUUGCAUCCCUGGGAGCUUUAGCAGCAUCUUCGACGUCUCCAUUGACUGCAAAGCCUUCAACAGCACCUUCAACGUCUCCAUCGACUGCAAAGCCUUCAACAGCACCUUCGACGUCUCCAUCGACUGCAAAGCCUUCAACAACACCAACAACAACUCCAUCGACUGCAAAGCCUUCAACAGCACCUUCGACGUCUCCAUCGACUGCAAAGCCUUCAGCAGCACCUUCGACGUCUCCAUCGACUGCAAGGCCUUCAACAGCACCUUCGACUGCAAAGCCUUCAACAGCACCUUCGACUGCAAAGCCUUCAACAGCACCAACAACAACUCCAACGACUCCAAAUCCCCCUUCUAAAACCUCAACGAAGUCCCAAUCUGUAGCUGCAGCUUCAACUCUUAUUCCGGACACGUUUUAUUACAACUGCACUGAGGACGGAGGAAUUGAAAUAAUUAACAAUGGAAGUUCCUUGUCCAAUGUGAUAAUUGAUUAUCUCAACCAGUCAUCAGGUCACUGUGCCGAUCCACAGACACUAGGGGAUGGAUCAGUUAUGCUAGCUAAUUGCACAAAGAACACAACAAUCGAUAUUGUACUUGAGGCGACAAACGAAACAGAAAUACUCGGUGGGCUUCAUUCCAAAACCUUCCAGAUUAAAUGUGAAGAUGUGAACAUUAAACCAUACUUCCUAAACGUAACAGCCAACGAAAACGUCGGUGGUCACGAAAUGCCUAACGUCAUCACCAUGGCAACAAAAUCUACACCCUCUCCUAUAUCAUCACUGAAUAUGACCGUUAAAGACAAUAAUACUGGCGGCAAUGUUGUUACCGAAGCCUAUAUCGGCCAGGAAUUAACGAUUGCCAUUACAACCCCGGGUAAAGCGAGCAUCAAACCAACGGAAUGUAAGGCAACAGGAAAUGGCAAGGACGUGCUACUAUGGCAGGAGACAGGUUGUAAACACGACAAAGAACUCUUUGGUGAAAAGUGGACCAACGGCUCAGAUGUCAUAAUGAAUACACUGUAUGGAUUCCGGUUUGUGGGGUCUUCAACAUCAAUAACUAUCACGUGCACAGUGCGUGUGUGUCCAGAGGGAUACAAAGGACAUGCAUGUGAUCUGACUUGUAAAGGGAUGACUAAGCGAAAGAGGGUCAAUCGGCUGUCAGAUGACGUCACCAUGGAAAUGGCAACAACGUCAUUGGCCAUUAAAGAUCCACUCUUAACCAGUGGCGUAGGGCAACUGGGAUUUGAGCUGAACUACAUCAUUGGGUUAGCUGUUGCUGUUCUUGUGUUUAUGAACACCAAAUGCAUGCGGGGAUGAACUUUGGGUUAUUCUGCUGUGCCCAUAACACACUUUAUAUAAUGUGUUUUAGAAGAACCGUGAAUGAACAACGAGGCACAACGUCUAAAUUUAGCAAGUUAUAUAAUAUAAAGUAAUAGUUUUUUGGUGUUUUUCAUCUUUCUAUUUGAUCUUAUAAUGCUGUGUGUUUUCGUCCAAUCAAUAAAACAAUUAAUAAACGAAUUACCAGAUAACUGUACAUAGAUCAAAGGAGCCAAAUUCUUUUAAACAGUAAAUUCAUAUCAAGUUACGUAGCAGUGAUUUCAAAUGAAAGUCUAAGAGAGAACGCUUUGUAAAUGAAUACUUUUCUGUAGAUGAAUUGAUACAGAAUAUCUGAAUUCAGAAUAAAUAUGUUUUUACUGUUGUUGUGUAUUUUGUGUUAAUAUAUUCUUUAUUGUGACAAAGUGUGUGUAAUUUGGUGAAGACGAUAAAUUUGUUAGGAUAUACAAAUACCCCGUUCAUUCAUCGUUGUCAUUUUUGUAUUGGCAAAAUAAAGAUCAAAUGAGCCAAAUUCUUUUAAACAGUAAAUUCAUAUCAAGUUACGUAGUAGUGAUUUCAAAUGAAAGUCUAAGAGAGAACGCUUUGUAAAUGAAUACUUUUCUGUAGAUGAAUUGAUA